GCCCGGCGGGCCGUGAACGCAGCGCGGCGCUGCCAUGUUGUUGUCUCGUCUUCGCUCGGAGUUUCCAGCCGCUGUCGGUGUCUGCGGACACGGUGGGCACUUUCUGAAGGGAGUCGCGCCGCCUUGCAGUUGUUUCCCGGAGCGCAGCGGGACGCCGAGCCGCCGCUAAAGUCGCCGCACAGCAGGAGCUACCGUUGGGCGAGGUGAAGAUGGUGGACCGGCUUGCUAACAGCGAGGCCAACUCCAAGCGCAUCGGGUUGGUGGAGAGCUGCUUUGGAGCCGCGGGCCAGCCGCUGGCCAUCCCCGGCCGAGUGCUGAUCGGCGAGGGCGUCCUCACCAAGCUCUGCCGCAAGAAGCCCAAAGCGCGGCAGUUCUUCCUCUUCAACGACAUCCUGGUCUACGGCAACAUCGUCAUCCAGAAGAAGAAGUACAACAAGCAGCACAUCAUCCCCCUGGAGAGCGUCACCAUCGACACGGUGCAGGACGAGGGCGAGCUGCGCAACGGCUGGCUCAUCAAGACGCCCACCAAGUCCUUCGCCGUCUACGCCGCCACCGCCACCGAGAAGUCCGAGUGGAUGAACCACAUCGGGAAGUGCGUGAGGGAGCUGCUGCAGAAGAGCGGCAAGUCUCCGACGGGCGAGCACGCCGCCGUCUGGGUGCCCGACUCCGAGGCCACGGUGUGCAUGCGCUGCAAGAAGGUGAAGUUCACGCCGGUGAGCCGCCGCCACCACUGCAGGAAGUGCGGCUACGUGGUGUGCGGGCCGUGCUCGGAGAAGAAGUUCCUGCUGCCCAGCCAGUCGUCCAAGCCGGUGCGCGUGUGCGAGCACUGCUACGGCGUGCUGUCGGGAAGCCUGGGGCCCAACGCGGAUUCCCUGAGCCGGCCGGGCUUAAACUUCAACAACACGCUGUCGGACGACGACGACGACGACGACAGCAGUGACUGAGGAUCCCCCCCCCCCCGGAGGACUCUGUCAGCGUGUCACUUAAUUAUGUUCCUGUUUGGUUUCUCUGACUGAACUCAUCCAAGAGGACCAUUUAUUUUCUUUAUUCUUCUUUAGUUUUCUUCAGGAUUCUUUCCUCUGAACCUAAAUGAUGAAUUCCUGCUGAGAUAAAUAAUGUCCAGAAACAUAAAUUCAUCGGUGGGAUUAAGCGGCUCCCCCUGGUUCUCACGCCUCCUGAUCAGGUGUCAGUCCAUCACUACAAACCAAAGGUGCUAACGAGCCUUUAAGCUGCACUGCCCCCCCCCCCCCCCUUCAGUCGCUCCGUCUUUAGUUCAUUUCUACCAACUAAAACCAACAGAUUCUGGCUUAUUUUCUACUCUCUUUUUGUCCAUUUUGUCCUCAAAGGACAGUGUAGAUAUUUUUUUUUUAUUAUUAUUAACAAAAUGUAGAUAUCAUGGAGGUUUUUCUGCUUGAAUCUAGUUGCAGUUGCUUAUGACAAAUCAAUUAAAAAGCUCAUCCGGCAGUAGAAGCGGAGCCUCUGCCUGCUGCGGCGUCACACGGUGCCUUCUAGAAAAGCCCAAACUAAGCUGCAGCGAGCGGGUCGACUCUGAAACGCGGGUUUUCUGGGCCGAUCGUGGCAGGAAAGCCCGUCUUAGAACGCCGGCCUCCAGGAUUUCCUUGGCCGGUUCUGUCCGGUGGAAACCGGGCCGCAGAGGAGCUGACGCAGUGCCUUGAGUUAACCCGCUCAGCAGAAACAGUCCAGACGGUCCAGAUUCCUCACACAGUUGGAGAAGUCAUCAUAAAAAAGCAGAUUUUUUUACUUUUUUUUUCUUUUUAUUGCACCGUUUUCUUGCGGCGCUGGUCGGGUCACACAUCCACCGCCGCUGCUGCUGCUGCUGCUGACCCGUUUUCUGUGUCGACAACAUCCUAAAACUCUUCCUCCUGGGAAUUGCUGGAAUUUGGGCCUAGUUUACCUCAUGGGUGGAGCUCUGUGGGAACGAAAGGGAAACAUGGCAGCAGCUGCAGGCUUUACUUACUGCUGUACAGCUUUGGUUUUCUUCUUCCUGCUCCGUCUGUGUGGCAGAACCAUUUAACUGUUUUUUACGUCUGAUUUCUGUCUGAUUUAAAAAGGAUUAAAAAAAAAAAUCCAAUAAUGACCUGAGAGAAAAUUUAAUUUAGGGCUAUCUUAGUUUAGUUUAUCAUUGAAAUCAUGCAGUUUGCCGUAAUAAGGACAGCGAAGCUUCCUGUUUGACAUGCAGCUGCUGUGAGUUCAGAGGUUUCUGGAAGGAAAGUCAGGAAGUCAGCGAGGCGUCCUCCUGUCUCCUCCUGCCGCCGCUGAUCUCAGGUCAGGUGGUUCAGAGGCUCUGCCCCUCCUACAGCUAGCUUUAGCAUCCUUCCUCCCUACUACAGCUAGCUUUAGCAUCCUUCCUCCCUCCUACAGCUAGCUUUAGCAUCCUUCCUCCCUCCUACAGCUAGCUUUAGCAUCCUUCCUCCCUCCUACAGCUAGCUUUAGCAUCCUUCCUCCCUCCAGCAGCUAGCUUUAGCAUCCUUCCUCCCUCCAGCAGCUAGCUUUAGCAUCAUUCCUCCCUCCAGCAGCUAGCUUUAGCAUCCUUCCUCCCUCCUACAGCUAGCUUUAGCAUCCUUCCUCCCUCCAGCAGCUAGCUUUAGCAUCCUUCCUCGCUUUUCAUUCUCACCACUGGGAAGCAGGCGUCUCGUGACCUCUGAACCAGGAAGUGAAAGAAGGCUGGGUGGAACCAGGGAGCGUCUGGAAGUCCUGAAGAGUUUCAUUCCUGUGGAUCUAACAGAGCUGUUAAGGGUUCAGCCUUCCUUAAAGAAGGGAAUCCACUCAGCACUGCUUCACACUGGAAUCACCAGCACUAAUAAAAAAAAUAAAAUAAAAAAAAAAGACUAAAUGAGCAAUAAUCCGUGAGUCUGGCUGUGAAAUAGAAGCUCAGGUACUGAAAAAUGGCCGCCUCUGUGUCUUCUUCCCUCAGUGCCAGCACAGGAUCAUAAAAACAACGCUCCAAGUGUCCCCGUCUCACCAGGUGGAGCGCUUCCUCAGAACCCCCACUCCGCGUGGAAAUGUCACGUAGAUCCACUCAGAGAGGUCCGAUAUGUGGACGUGAACUUCCAGGACGGAUUCCUCCAGUCUGGAUAAAUCUAUAAAUCUAUGCAUCUCCUAUUAAACUCGCCACAUUCAGCUGUUUGAUCAGGAUGUCCAGCCUCUGAUGUCACUUCCUGUGUGGGAUUAGUGCAUCCAUCAGGUGUUUUUUUUUGUUUUUUUUUUUUGUGGCUAUUGCUGCUGCUGUAGGAGAUUGCUGCUUGUUGUUGGGAUGAAACUCCUCAGAGGUCCAUUACUGCGUCCAAGCUCAGCAGAGUCAUGAUUAGAAACGUGUUCAUUAAGCCAGUUAACGGGGAGUGUUCAUUUUUAUUUGCUUUAAGUAGAUAAAUAUUUUUUUUCACAUAUGUGUUUUCAGAUGAUUAGCAUUAUUUGGUUCUGAACGGUUCUUUUAGUUUUUACAGAGCUGGCAUUAUGUGUCGCUCACACCAGAGGGAAGAAAGGGAUUUUCUUUUUUCUUUUUUUGUCUUGAUUUUAUAAAUGUAAUAUUUGUGUUGCUACGAUUAAAGCGGCGUCUGUGAUUAGAGUUAACCGCUGUCCAUCACUAACUAGCUGUGCUUCAGAGCGACCAAUCGGGCGUCAGGACUCUGAUCCCCGUCCAUCCCGUCCUUCCUGUCCGACCCACAGCGGCUCUAGAUGUAAAUCAGUGAUUCUUUCUUUUAAUCCUGAGGAUUUUUGUAUAUGUUUGGGUUUUUUUUUUUGUUUGUUUUGUUUUGUUCUGCAGCCCAGAUCAGUUCUGAAAUGUCGCUGUCCUGAAGCUCUUCUCCUUCUUCUUCCUUUGUGCUUUUUCCACGCUGCUCAGCAAGCAAACCCCUGACACCCCAGAGACCCGGUUCUCAACACACCGCCGACAUCAGCUGUAUUUUACAGGUCCUUGUUCUGCCGGGAGGUCGCAGGUCAGCGGCCGUGCAUAAGUAAAGACACUCAGAGGUUUUUUCUGCACUUUAAUUAACCUGCUAGGUUUCUCUGAGCUUACUAAACGAAGGAAAAAGGGAAACCUGUUGCCUGCACUACCACAGCUGCACACAUCCAGCCACUUCCUGACUAACCAGGUUACCUGAGUGCGUCUAAACAAACGAGAUUCGCCACUUUGCAGUGGAGUGGUUCUGCAGCAGAGCGGGAAUCCAGCGGGGGAUCCUCUAAACGCUUCCUGGCGGCUCGCUGCGGCUCUUUCAGGCGUUCACACUGCGAGCAGCCUGGUUCUCUGCUCCGGCUGAUUAUAUAUUACAGGUUUCUGAUUACACUUAUGCUUUAGUUUUCCUCCUUUUUGUUUUACCUGCGCAGCUUUGAUUACGAUGACGCGUGUACACACAUCAUACCUGUAACCUGAUUUUCAUUGUUCUGUGGAGGGUUUUGUUUUAAAUAUAGGCUUGGGGGGCCGAGCAAGUACAGAGAAGGUGUUAAAACAUUAAAACGAGGCUUUUCUCCAGCU